GACGAAGUGUGCAAACAGAACAGCAGAAGUGCAGAGACGGCGUUUUAACCGCCGGCUGCUUCAGGACGAUCACAGUUCCUGCAGAAUCAGCUUCACAGGAUGAUCGGGGGGCUGGUUUGGGUGAGCCUGCUGUCUCUUUGCAGCUUCGCAUUCACAGAAGGGUGCAACAGGCAGCUGCAGCAGAAUGUGGACUUUCCAGGAUCUGAUAUAAAAACCCUCUACUCUCCUGAUGUGGAGCACUGCCAGCUGCUGUGCACCCAGCAGCCCUCCUGCCGCUUCUUCACCUUCCACCGAGCCGACUGGACCAGAGACGACAGGACCUUCAAGUGCUUUCUCAAAUCUGCUUCUUCUGGACAACCCAACUCUCAAACUCCCCUUCAGGGCGUCACCUCCGGCUUUUCCCUCAAAUCCUGCAAUCCAAGCCCACAACCGUGUCUGUCUCGGGUCUACGAGAACGUGGACUUUGUGGGGGCGGACUACACCUCCUUCUUCACAGCCGACCACGAGGACUGUCAGAAAGCUUGCACUCAGGAUCCUUCAUGUCAGUUCUUCACGUUUGUCAAGCAGGACCCCAAACAGCAGAAUGUCAGGUACAAAUGUUUCCUCAAAUACAGCUGGAACAUACCAAGGACUUCCUCUGUGGAGAAAAAGGCCGGCGUGGUCUCUGGAUUUUCCCAAACAUCGAGUCCCUCUCAGACAGCCUGUCAGAACAAAUUCCUCUCAAACACGGACAUCCCAGGAAGUGACUUCCAGACGCUGAAGGCCGCCUCUGCAGAGCACUGUCAGGCCCUGUGCUCCGCUCACCCACAAUGCACUUGCUUCACCUUUGGCAGUCUUGACUUUAAAUGUUAUUUGAAGAACAACAGACAUCACUUGGAGACUAAAGUUAAAGAGGGAGCCACUUCAGGGAUGCCCGCACGCUUCUGCCAGUUCACCAACUGGCUCAGGACGGCUUACGAAGGAAUAGAUUUUACUGGUCCAGAGAUCCGUUUCGAGCUGAAGGACAAUGCCGACCAGUGUCAGAGGCUGUGCUCUGGAGACCCCACCUGUCAGUUCUACACCUACAUCAAGGACAACUCCCCCGAAUCUGCAGCUCGGCGCCGCUGCUAUUUGAAGGGUGUCAUCACCAUGCCUGCUCCUCCCAAGGUGGUGAAGGUGACCAAUGUGGUGUCUGGCUUCUCCACGAGGAACUGUCCAGCGACAGGCCAAUAGAAACACUGAAACAUUCAACAGCCUUUUUGUCUGAAGACGUGAAAAAUAAAACACAUAAAACUG